GGCCUGACCAGAGAUGUAUGUGCUAGACCCCCUGGACAUGUUUAUCACCCGCUCUCCUGUUUAGAUCCACAUCAUGUAUGAUUGUAUCACAUCUGCUGAUAUGUUGCCUGUAAUGGAAAAAUCUUUCUAUCUAUAAUCAGAUGUAGACAUAGAGCAGAAAGAAAACGGCACAGAUCUGCCAGACCCAACGUCUGAGCUGCCCCCCGAUGCAGAGCUGGCACCGUAUACAAUAGAGCUGGCACCAUAUACAAUAAUGAUGGAACCGUAUACAAUAACGAUGGCACCAGAUACAAUAACGAUGGCACCAGAUACAAUAACGAUGGCACCAGAUACACAAUCUGAAUUGGUACCAGACCCACAAUCAGAAUCGGUACCAGACCCACAAUCUGAAUUGGUACCAGACCCACAAUCUGAAUUGGUACCAGACCCACAAUCUGAAUUGGUACCAGACCCACAAUCAGAAUCGGCACCAGACCCACAAUCUGAAUUGGUACCAGACCCACAAUCUGAAUUGGUACCAGACCCACAAUCUGAAUUGGUACCAGGCACACAAUCUGAAUUGGUACCAGACCCACAAUCUGAAUUGGUACCAGACCCACAAUCUGAAUUGGUACCAGACCCACAAUCUGAAUUGGUACCAGACCCACAAUCUGAAUUGGUACCAGACCCACAAUCUGAAUUGGUACCAGACACACAAUCUGAAUUGGUACCAGACCCACAAUCUGAAUUGGUACCAGACCCACAAUCUGAAUUGGUACCAGACCCACAAUCUGAAUUGGUACCAGACCCACAAUCUGAAUUGGUACCAGACCCACAAUCUGAAUCGGUACCAGACCCACAAUCUGAAUUGGUACCAGGCACAACUUUACAGCUGAUAUCAGAGAAACAACCAGAAAUUUCUUCGGACCCAACAACAGUAUUAGAAGCCGACAUUACGACAGCAAAGACUGAGUCAGACCCAACACCACCGCCUUUGCCAACCAAAUCAUCACCACCUGUGCCAACUACAACAUUAUCACCCAUCAUGCCAACCACCAUAUCAUCAACCACAACCUCUGAGCAGAUACUGGACUUAACUCCGCCCAGUCCUGAGGAUUCCUCCAUUGGCUCCCCGCAGACACCUCGAGAUUCAAGUCCACAGAUAGGACUUGGCACGACUGAUAAUAGCCGAUCCAUAUUGCUUGCUACAACUAUGGAGCACACCAGCUUGGAUCAAAGUGCCGACCAUUCAAAUGUCAAUACUCAGCCCACCGAGACCCAGAAUGACGACAAGAUAACCGAGGAACCAGGAAGGCAAAGUAACACGGAUCCUCCCCUCACCACUCCCAAGAGUCCUGGUGAUUAUACAGUUUCUGCAAAGACAGAUAAGAUUCUGGAAAGAAUUGUCCAACCGACACCAGAGCGCCCUUCCAACCCAUUGGGGUCCCCGUCACCCCUUCAGGCCACAAGUGACCAAACGUUUUACAAAGAUGGGCCAAACACAGGAGAAGUACCAACAAUGGCGACAUCAUCUUCCAAGAGACGGUUAGAUGAAGGUGUCUCUGUAUUAGUGGACAAGGACCACCCAAGGGACAGCCCAGUCCCCCCAAAACCUCUUCACUUGCUGAUAUCAUCAUCUAAAGAUCUAAGAAAAGGCCAAAAAGACACAAAGAAUCCAAAUUCAGAGCCAAAAACAACCCAAAAACUAAACAAGGAGAAAGAGAAGAGCAAACAAAAGUCAAACUUGACUUUUAUCCCUAAAAAGGAUCGUCAGAAAGCCAAAUUCUUCUCUAAAGGUGUGAAAUGGGCCUUCAAAUCCGGCCUUUCAGAACGCUCAUAUUUGGGUAAUCACGUCUCCAGCCCAGGCCUCGGCCAGGCUCAUCGAUCGGCGGCCUGUCCUUACCCUUGUCUCCAGCAAGCGGCCACGUUUCCUCUCUAUCAGACAAACGUUGUGUCCCCCUGGGGGGGCCAACUCCACCACGACCGCUCAUCCGUCAAGGCCAAAAAGCCUUGUAAACCCUUCGGAUACAAGAGAGGGGUCUACAGCUUGUACCUGCCGUCCAAUACCAUGGAGGAGAAUCUGACUCCGCCCAGAAGAGACAACGCCGGGGAGAAGCCCCUCCAAUGGUUUUGAAGAGAGAGAUCCCCUCACACACCGUGUUCAAACAAUCUUCAUCCCAAUCAAUGAGCAAUCAUCAAAUCCCUGUUCUCACCACACAAUGCCAUUCCAGAUCUGGGACCCGGAGGACAGAUUGUCUCAGACAGUCCUAAAAGAUGACCCACAACCCAAAGACUUUGAUACAGAAAUGAAGUGUGUAGUCAGAAUUACAUUCUAGAAUAGUAAAUAUGGGGAGGAAGUCUUCAUCAUUAGAAGGCCAGGAGCACAUGAAGACUACGUGACGUUCCCACCACACAAUGUCUGGAUAGAGCCUUCCCCCCCACCACACAAUGUCUGGAUAGAGCCUUCCCCCCCACCACACAAUGUCUGGGUAGAGCCUUCCCCCCACCACACAAUGUCUGGAUAGAGCCUUCCCCCCCACCACACAAUGUCUGGAUAGAGCCUUCCCCCCCACCACACAAUGUCUGGAUAGAGCCUUCCCCCCACCACACAAUGUCUGGGUAGAGCCUUCACCCCACCACACAAUGUCUGGAUAGAGCCUUCCCCCCACCACACAAUGUCUGGAUAGAGCCUUCCCCCCCCACCACACAAUGUCUGGAUAGAGCCUUCCCCCCCACCACACAAUGUCUGGGUAGAGCCUUCCCCCCCCACCACACAAUGUCUGGAUAGAGCCUUCCCCCCACCACACAAUGUCUGGGUAGAGCCUUCACCCCACCACACAAUGUCUGGAUAGAGCCUUCCCCCCCACCACACAAUGUCUGGAUAGAGCCUUCCCCCCCACCACACAAUGUCUGGAUAGAGCCUUCCCCCCCACCACACAAUGUCUGGAUAGAGCCUUCCCCCCCACCACACAAUGUCUGGAUAGAGCCUUCCCCCCCACCACACAAUGUCUGGAUGGAGCCUUCCCCCCCACCACACAAUGUCUGGAUAGAGCCUUCCCCCCACCGCACAAUGUCUGGAUAGAACCUUCCCCCCCACCACACAAUGUCUGGAUAGAGCCUUCCCCCCCACCACACAAUGUCUGGAUGGAGCCUUCCCCCCCACCACACAAUGUCUGGAUAGAGCCUUCCCCCCCACCACACAAUGUCUGGAUAGAGCCUUCCCCCACCACACAAUGUCUGGAUAGAGCCUUCCCCCCCACCACACAAUGUCUGGAUAGAGCCUUCCCCCCACCACACAAUGUCUGGGUAGAGCCUUCACCCCCACCACACAAUGUCUGGAUAGAGCCUUCCCCCCACCACACAAUGUCUGGGUAGAGCCUUCCCCCCCCACCACACAAUGUCUGGAUAGAGCCUUCCCCCCCACCACACAAUGUCUGGAUAGAGCCUUCCCCCCCACCACACAAUGUCUGGAUAGAGCCUUCCCCCCACCACACAAUGUCUGGGUAGAGCCUUCCCCCCCCCACCACACAAUGUCUGGAUAGAGCCUUCCCCCCCACCACACAAUGUCUGGAUAGAGCCUUCCCCCCCACCACACAAUGUCUGGAUAGAGCCUUCCCCCCACCACACAAUGUCUGGAUAGAGCCUUCCCCCCACCACACAAUGUCUGGA